AUGUCGAUUCAGGAAAUUUCUGAGGACGUUAAGGACCUUAAGGUCGACAACACAGAAGUCGAGGCUGAGAAUGGCGAGGUCUCUGUUCCGGACCGUGUCCAGUCGCGUGCCGAGCGCAAGAGCCGCAAGGCCUUGCAGAACAUUGGCCUCAAGAAGGUUUCGGGCAUCCAGCGUGUUACUCUGCGCCGCCCCCGUGGUUUAUUGCAAAUCGUGCUAACCUUUGAACAGCACCUCUACGUUGUUUCGAACCCGGAUGUGUACAAGUCCCCCGUGUCUGACGUUUACAUGAUCUUUGGUGAGGUCAAGAGCGAGGAUAUGAGCGCCUUUGCGCAGGCUCAGGCUGCUCAGCUUGCUGCUGCUCAGGAGAAGAUGAUGGCUGAGGGUAUGGGCUCCACGGAGCCGAACUUCAAUGUCAGUGACCUGACAGCCAACAAGAAGAUCGAGGAAGAAGAAGAGGAUGAUGACAGUCCUAUCGACGAGACUGGUGUGGACGCCAAGGACAUUGACCUCGUUAUGGAGCAGGUGUCCUGCUCGCGCCGCAAGGCUGUGAAGGCGUUGAAGGAGAACAACGGUGACCUGAUCAACGCUAUCAUGAGCAUUAGCUAA